GAAAAUUCUUAAAAAGUCUGAUAAGAAAGCAGCCUCGGGACCUCCCUCUUGUGACUGGGACUGGGAUAAGUGCUGCCGGCGGAAUCCCAGCGCUGUGCUCCUGGAGAAGCUGCACUGAGACUGCAGUUGAAGCAGCUGAAGAGCUGGAGGUGCUUCCUCCCAGACAUGUCGCUGUGUUUCGGAAGAGAAUCAAAGACAGACACCUGCUUGUGGCUGCACAUGAGCUCCUCAGGAACAUGUCGUGACAUCCUGGGGACACAAAGCCCAACUUCCUCCAGGAUUGCUUGAUGGAGGUGUUUGAUAAUUCAGAACAACACAUUCAGAAUCGUGUCCUGCAGUCAGUCCUGAGACUCAGGGGGAGAGGUACAGUGGUUCUGACUACAAACUAUGAUCAUUUACAUGGAAUAUUUGGUCAGCAACAGGGUGAACCUAUGGAAUCUUAGACCUGAAAGAUAAAAGGCAUGAUGAGAGCAGUUCUUCAAUGGGCAAGAGGUCAUCUAAAAUGUGGAGUUCUCCACAUCCACGGCUUAUAUACAGAUCCUUGUGGAAUGGUGUUAGAUCCCUCGGGAUAUAAAGUUAUUACUCAAGAUCCUGGAGUCAUGGAUGUUCUUCAAAAUUUGUAUCAAACCAAGUCUUUUCUGGUUUUGGGCUGUGGAGAGACUCGCUGUGAUCAGAUAUUCCAAGCUCUUUUUCUUUAUACUGUAAAGAAUAGAGUGCAUUUAGAACAGUAUAUGUUGGUGCUUAAAGAAAAUGAAGACCACUUUUUUAAGCACCAGGCAGAUAUGCUACUGCACGGAAUAAAAGUAGUGUCUAACGGGGACUGCUUCCAACAAUUCCCAGAGUGUGUACAAGAUCUCACUGCUCAAAUCCGCAAGCAGAGCAGCCCAG